AUGAUGAGCACUAAAGUGGUUUUAACUUACAAGCGGAGGCGGCCACUCUCAAGGUUUGAUCUUUCUCAUAACAAUGUGUGUCUUGAGGCACCGUCCGAGUGCCAAGAGUCCAAAGCCUCUGCUACUCUGGACAAUUAUGAAGAACCUAUUGAAGAAUCUAGAUUGGAGAACAAAAACAGAGAAUCUGGGAUGUGCAAUGAAUACUAUAGAGGCAAAGUUUUUGACAAUAUGUUUCUGUGUCAGAGCUGCUAUCGGCAGCAUCGUAUUGAAUGUCUGAAUCCUCCCGAGCAUGCUCCAAAAGGGAAAAGGCUUUGCUCUGGUUGUAUCGAAGAACGUGAUUUCUCAAGCAGACUGGAGGGAAAACUUACUUUGGAAGAAUUGGACUUAGCUCGUAAAGAUAAAUGCAGUAGCUUAUGCAACAAUUCAGCUGCAAAACGGAAGUUUACCUCAAGCACACUGGACGGCGAGAUCCUUUCUGUAGGAUCUGAUGUGACACAAGCGAGGAGAGAGCAUUCAAAUGCACUUUUGGAAGGGAGUCCCCCAAAAAAAUGCAACCAUGACAGUAAUGAUGCAUCUUUUUCAGGAAAACUUACUAUGGAAGAAUUGGACUUAGCUCGUAAAGAUAAACGCAGUACCUUAUGCAACAAUGCAGCUGCAAAACGGAAGUUUACCUCAGCACUAAUUACAUUUAGUCGAAGAUCCAAGCAGAACAAGGGUACUACUGGGACAAAUCUACAAGCUGGAGAGAAUUCCUCAUUGGCAGCAGAAGGAUGUACCCUUGAAUCUGCUGUCUCCACCUGUACAUUUGAAACGCCACCUGCUAAAAGCUGCUCAAAUGAUAACACGGAGGAUCUGAAGAAUGAGAAGGAUAUACAACUGAGGGAUCCCUUUGUUAGGAAUGAAAAAGAAGUUUAUAGUCAUCAAACUGAUAAUAAGUCUGAGUUUCCUGCAUCAGCACCAAAGACUGAGAUUGGCAUACAAGUGGACGAGCAGUUGAAGUCUCUUCAAAAUACAGCAAUUGAUAUAUCAUCUACUGUUGUUCGACCUAGUCCACAUUUUCUCAAGGAGACUUCUUUUCAUUGUUAUGUAGCCAUGGAUGUUCAAGAAAAUUAUCGAGUAAAUCCAUCAAGAAACUUAUCAGAUAUUGCCAUUACAGAUUUGGAGCAUAAUAACAUUGAUAAAAAAAUGUGUAAUGAAGAUUUGAACACCACAGAAUUGCCUGAUGAAAUGUCAGGGAAUAAAUGUUCAGGAGCAUCUCAGGACCUAGCUGUUGCUGUACAUGCCCGUGAUAUUGACUGCAAUGUAACACUGGACUCCGGUUCUGAUGAACCAUAUUUUCAUAAGGCGUCUCUGAGUAAAAAAUUGGAAUUUCUCAAUGCGAAAAUUAAGGUGAAUUUGUCCACCCAUGAGGCACGGAUGCUAGAAAGUGGUGGUUCUCAGGUGAAAGCAGUAGACAAAAGCAAUGAUGGCGUAAAUCAUCCUUCACAGUUCAGGGGAAUUGCAUCAAAAAAUAAUUAUCUUCAGUUAUUCCCUGAGAAUAGAAGCCAUGACUUGUUAUCAUCAGCAAAAACGCAGCAGGAGGAGAUUGCUUUUGUGGAAUCGGAAGAAAGCUGGAGCCAGCUCAAACCCGCUAGUUCAAGAUCUCCACUCUUUCUUGGUUUAUCCCUGCCAAUGGAGCCAACGGUUCCUUACAAUUCCACGUCAUAUCAGUGGCCUAAUGUUAACAUCCAAUCUCAAGAAAUCUUUCAUGAUUUAGGACCGCAACCCUGUUUAGAUCAAACAUUGUCACUUUUAAGACAUAGGAUGAUGCUCGAUAACAUUUUAAGGAGAGCAAGAGUAGCGAAGUGUAACAGUGUCAGUUUUUCAGAUAGGUUUGAAUCUCCGACCAACUGGUCAGAGGAGGAGCUAGAUUGUCUGUGGAUCGGAGUGAGGAGACAUGGAAGAGGUAAUUGGGAUGCCAUGUUGAAGGAUCCGAGGUUGCAUUUCUUUCCCUGGAGGACACCUAGGGACUUGGCUGAGAGGUGGGACGAGGAUCAAUCGAAACUCAUGCACAGCAUGCUCAUCUCCCAACCGAAAUAUGCCAGUACACCAGAUGUACUGUCGUGCCAUAUGAAGAAUUUUUCAUAUCCUAAGACAAAGCAUCCUUCAGAUGAUAUCCAACUUUCACUUGGAGAUGUACGCCCCCGAUACGAGGAUAGUGUUAAGAAAAUAUCACCAAUGGAUUUCAUCAAUAUUCAACAUAAUGGGCUACUUCAGAAACCAGUUACAGACUCGAGGACCUUUCCAUCCUAUAGUUAUGUAGUACCUGGUGCUGAAUCUUCAUUGCAUAUGGGUCCCAUGACGAGCAUGGCUGUGGAAGGUUGUAGUUUACCGCCCUGGCUAAGAGAAGCUGCUGCUAUCCCUCCAAGGCCACCCAACUCAACCCCGACUUCAGCUGCUUCCACUACUCAUCCCAGAAUGCAGUUGUUUAGCCAACAAUCAAAGAUUAGGUUGAAUAACAAGUACACCAUCACAGGUAAAACUGAGCUACAAACAGGUGGUAGAUCUCAUUUAACCAAUUCACCGCUGAUUACGAGAUGUGGGAAGACGAAGCCAUCCGAUAAUAAUGAAGAUGACUUGAUCGUCAUCCAAAGUGAUGCCUCUUCCGAAGAGACGAUAUCUGAUGAUCAAAGUGUUAGGCUUUAG